AUGUCCAGAGAGCUUUUGGCUGAUCCGGACGAUGCACGUAAAACGUACGUGAACGUUCUGUGGGAAAAACGGUUCAAAAACCUUGCCGUAGUGCCGAGUUACAUCCAGGAAAAGAUCGACGAGCGGAAAACAGCGUUCAGGCGCCAUCAGGAGCUGCAAGAGAGCUCUAAACUCGAAAAAACUCAAGAUAAUGGUGCCUUAGUCAAACACCAAAGCUCUGAGGAGCCGAAUGGUGCACUGCAAGCGGUGGUUGGUGCAGUGUACGGUGAAAACGACUUAUUUUCCAGCUCUUUAGCAGAGCGUCAUAAUCGACGCAUGGCAGUUCAGCCGGGUUGGCAUGCGCCUUGGAAACUCAUGCGGGUCUUGAAUGGCCAUAAUGGCUGGGUCCGGUGUGUGUGUGUUGAUCCUGUAGAUAAUGAAUGGUUUGCAACGGGGAGUAACGAUACCACAGUCAAAGUUUGGGAUCUGGCCACAGGAAGGCUCAAAUUGACGCUUUCAGGGCAUGUUAUGACUGUGAGAUCCAUAGCCGUGUCUCAAAACCACCCCCUGAUGUUUACUGCCAGCGAAGACAAGCUUGUCAAAUGUUGGGAUCUCGAAACAAAUAAGGCCAUCAAAGACUUCCAUGGCCACUAUUCGGGCGUUAAUUCGGUCGACGUUCACCCAACUCUGGACCUUAUAGCGAGCGCUGGUCGGGAUGCGGUGGUCAGGCUGUGGGACAUAAGGACUCGACUUCCUGUUAUGACGCUCGCGGGCCAUAAGGGCCCCAUUAACCAGGUCAAAUGCUUUUCCGUUGACCCUCAAAUUGUCAGCUGCUCCACUGAUGCGACUUUGAGAAUGUGGGAUGUACGGGCUGGCAAAAGCGCCAAGAUUUUGACCCACCAUAGCAAAAAUGUCCGGACGAUAGCUGCGAGUCCCAUCGAGUCCUCGUUUGCUUCAGCUUCUACUGGGGACGUCAGAUCAUGGCGAUGCGAGGAUGGCCAGCUUUUGACCAACUACAGCUCAGAAGGUCUCGGUAUUGUCAAUAGUCUGUCAGCGAGCCCUGACGGUGUGUUGUUUGCUGGUACGGACGACGGGAAUUUGGAAUUCUUUGAUUACGAGACUGGUCACAAGUACCAAGAGCUGCCGACGGUCAAAAUUCCUGGCUCUCUGGAGAGCGAACGGGGAAUUUUGUCUAGCUCUUUCGAUCAGACCGGGUUGAGACUUAUUACUGGCGAAAGUGAUAAGAGCAUUAAAAUUUGGAAGCAAGACGACACUGCAACACCACAAACACACCCGGGACUGCCGUGGAAUCCAAGUAUUGACUCACAAAGGUUUUGA